AUGUCCUUUCGACUAAGUGGCCGUGUGUUACCAAGGAGAAGGCCGGCGAUGUUCGGCAGCCUUUUGGAGCCCCGCCGGCGUCUGACUAGAAUCUACUCUUCAUACUACACCGCUGAUUUAUUCCCUAACCAACUCGUCCCAAUCCAGCAGUGUCUUCCGCGCGGGGUGACCGCGUCGACCGCUUCCAAAGGGCCCUCGGCGGUGGCUGAAGUUCUCCCCACACCGGCGCCGGAAAGGAUGGAGGAAACGGACGCGGUUUCGUGGGACAGCGCCGGCCAAACGGAUCUUGUGCAGGUCAAUCUGGAUCAUCAGCGAGCACAAAGUGGGGACUCUGAUGUCAAGCUGUCCGUGUUGCGUCGCCCCUACGUGCCGUUGGGUCAGGUCGCGAAGCUGGAACUUCAGGGCGAUUACCUUACGGAGGGUAACUUGCACCAAGAAGCUCUUGAGCACUACGGGGUGGUGGCCAAGGCUUAUCAACUUGCAUAUCCAGAGACCCAUUCUAAGCAGGUGGGUAUUCUUCUCAAACUUGCCGGUGCAUUUCGGCGCACUUCUAGACUCGAGAGCAGUGAAGCCAACUUACGAAGGGCAUUAAACCUCUUAGAUCGGUCUGAAAUGCCGACCUUGGAGCUAAUAGUGGAGGCGCUUUUGGAGAUGGGUUUGACAAAAGAGGCGAUGAACGAUAGGGAAGCCGGUGCCACGUACGAAGAAGCGAUGACAGUGGCGAACUUAUAUCAUCGCUUCGGGGAGUCGCACCGGAUGCUACGCCUUCUACCGCGUCUCGGUCGUCGCUUCCAUCUAAACUUUGAGGAGAAAUUUAGAUAUUACUCCCCAUUCGACUAUGAUCGCACAUUCGCUAUUCUGGACCAAUGCAUGGCGCGUGCCGAGCAGUUUUACCGCCGUAACGAGGACCACGAAGGUGUAAUCCGUGCCCUACAGUUACGCAAGGAAAUGAUUGAUAAAAAAUUCUUCAAUAUGCGUGACUUUGCAGGUCGUAUCCACACGAUGCGUGGCCAUUGGAUGCGACGAGCCAGUGUUCUCACUAACGCGCCCACUCCUGAUGAACUUCUUCGCUACUCUCCCACUAUUCAUCAAGUAUAUAGAGACUUUAAGUACGAACUGAACGCACCGAUUGGUCGUGAAAAAGAGGUGCAACAGGGUGUUAAUCGAGUGGUACUUGAUAUGGGCAACCCAUAUCGUCGGCGUGGUGCAUAUGCCAGGAAGAUGUUGCGCGAUUCUGAUUAUAACUUUGCUAAGUAUAUUCAGAAUAAGGAGUUUGAUGACUAG